ACAGCUACAGAAACAAGCAGCCGUUCUAUCACGGCAGUUGGAAAUUAGGUAGUGGGUCAGCCAGCGAAAUAUCUUCGUUAUUUUUUAGCUAGCCAGCUGGAUUACUGACCUCACGUUAACUUUCAGAAAUCUAACCUUUCCUGAAACUAAUGUUACACAGAUUUUAAGAUUGUGUGUUCUGUUUCAAGAAUACAGCACAGGACAAGUAUUUGGGCUAUAUGAUCGAGUAUUUGGAUUUCUAAUAGUCGACAGUGUCGGUUUUCAUCGGGGACCAUAAGUUCGGGUGCAGUAGCACCUUUCUGUUUGAAGAGAGUCUCUGGUCAGAGGGAAUGGCCCCUGCCUUGACCAAGCUCACAAAAGACAGACACAGAAUCCACCUGCCUUCUCCUCUGAGCUCCAGCAACAUGGAGGCAGAUGGUGCCAUGCUCAGUCCUGAAUUGGACCCCCAUGUGAAACUGAUGGAGGACAACUUUUCUCAGAAGGUGUGGCUUAACCUUUCCUCCUUGCCUUUCUUGGACACCUGCUGCACCAAAGGUUCCCUGGAGUUCCCCAACUCCAUCCUAGCUCCCCUGCUACAGGCCUCAAGCAGCCAGUACAAGAGUGUGCUCCUCUCUAGAUCCCUUCUCAGCCUGAUUUCUCUCAACAAAAACCUGAAGGAUUCACAGGCAGCAGCCUUACCAGGUACGCAAGCCAUGUACAUUGUGCCCAUCCCUGAACACAGUGGCCAAGAUGUGGUGAUGCAGCCUCAACACUGUGAAGCAGAUGGCCCUGAUGUCCCCCAGUCUCCUCCACAUUACCAGGGUAACACCAUGGGCCAGUACAGCUCUGCUCUGCUGACACCUACCGUGUCUAGGGAGGGAAAGCGGGGUGUUGUUAGCGCGGAACCUGCCUCAGCUCAAGCCUGGGUAACGAGGGCUCCGGAUCAACCCGUGACUGCUGAAGUGGUGCAGGGGGCAGUGAGAGACCAGACCCAGUGGCAUAUCUCCAGACAGGCAGCUCUGCUUCUUAGGGCAGAGAGGAUCCAGAGGAGGCUCCAGGCUCUGCUAGGGGAUCACGCCAGCCGCCACUGCAGCAUCCAGCUGGACGCUCUGAAGAACAGGCUCAGGCAGGAGAAGACAGGGACCCAGCCCGCUCCUGUUGACACCAAGCCCGACCCACUCCUGGUACAUGUGCAGAUCCCCACCCCGGGCAGUAGAGUUCAGUGGCCUCUCGUACCAGAGUCCUCCUCACCUCCAUCAACCUCGACAGAGAUUCAGGAAUUUGCCUGCCAUGCCCAGGCACUGCUACGAGGUGUCCAGCAGGCCAUAGACUCUGAUGCCACAGACAGCGGCUCUGAUGAGGAGCUGGAGCCUGAACGCCCAAUCAGAAACCUGGCGGUACCAUUAAGCAGGUCUGGGUGUGAGCAGAGCUGGCAGGAGGGGAGGGCAGAGGUGGGCAGCCGGUGGACCUGGUUGCAACUGCGUGUCGAUGAACUGGAGGGCCGAAUCCAGCAGCUGGGAGACCUUCGCAGGCAGAUCUCCUCCACCAAGGGGGGCGUGGUUCUGGCAGACUCCCAGCCACUGACAGACAGGCAGAUCCAGCAGACCCUGCUGACAGAGACAGCAGGCCUGUCCUUCACUGCAGGGGGCCAUGGAGACCUGGCCUCGGACACCGAACCCAGCAGCCCCACACGCUUGCUCCGGAACAUAGAGAGACAGAGUGCCCAACUGACCCAGAUUGUCACCAGCCUGAUGCCCCCCCUCAACCUGUCACCCUCCUCCUCUCCCGUCUCUAAAGACGCCCGCAGAUGGAACGGUCUGAACAAGAAGGCCUUCGGCAGCAGCCUGAAGAAGGGCGAGGACGUGUUCCUCCAGAGGGGGGUGAAGAGGAGGAGGGUGGUGCGCAGGAGACAGCUCCUCCAGGCCGACGCCUCCUGUGUGUCCGCGCGGACGCGUCCCCUCGUCACCUACCACAAACCCCGGCUCUUCACCUUGGACGUGACCACCGCCCAUACCCAACAGGAACUGGACCCCGCCUCCCUCUCCUCCUCCUCCUCUCCCUGCUCCUCAUGCCCCACCUGUGAGUCAUGUGACCCCCUUGGCCUGUGUUCUGACCCCACGUGCUCCAGCUACGCCCCACCUCCUGGGAGGAGCCAUAGCAGAGCACACCCUGUGCUGUCUCUCUCCUCAGACACCCCUCUCCAGCAGCACCUCCAGAGGGCCGUGCUCCGAGAAGACUGGGUCCAGAGGCCCCUGCUGCUGAAGACGGAGCCGUCCAGCCCCGUCCCCCUCCCCGGCCGCAGGCGCCGCAGGCUCAGCUCAACACCGCUGCCCGGUUCUUAUCAGCGCCAGAAGCACCAUGGAAGGCAUCGAGGGGGCGGGGUCAGGGGCGUGUCACCAGUCGGGUGGGCGGGGCUGGCCCCGAUGCCACGCAGGAAGGCCUAUCAAGGGAGCAGGAAGAGGAGACACACUCACAGAGUGCUGGAAGAUGAAGACGACCUUCUGUGUCGGCUGUCAGACCCAGAGGACGGCUCAGGGGAGGGGCUAGAGGAGAUAUCCACGCCUCAGGCCUCCCACACACGCAGACUUCUUGUGCAGGGCCCUAUCCGAAGGCGUCAAGGAGAGAGCGUCUACAACAUCAACAACAUUGUCAUCCCCAUGUCACUCGCUGCCACAACCAAGGUGGAGAAGCUCCAGUACAAAGAUAUCAUCACACCAAGCUGGAGAAUAGUAAGCACCUUACUACUGAAGGUGAGCGAGGGAGAGGAAGAGGAGGAGAAGGAAGAGGAAGAGGAGGAAGAAGAGGUAGAGCUCCUGUGUGACGAGAUCUUCUCCCAGAGACACCUGGGAUGUGAGCAGAGAGAGAAGCUGCGCUGGGUGUCCUGGGGCAAGAGCAGACGGCACCGACGCACCACCAGCCCCAGGCCCCAUGGGAGCAGCGUGUGUUUCCCCUGGGCUGCGAGGAGGGGGAGGUCCUGCACUGGGACCAAGAGGAGCCGGCAGAGACAGGGCCUCCCUGGGAGCAGGCAGGAGAGGAUUCGAGCAGCGCAGAGGACAACGGCGGCAGCUCUCUUCUCUCCAACCCUUUCCCCUCGUCUCCACCCAGCACAACUCUACCCUCUGUUGGCCAUCUGGGGAAUAGCACCCCAGAGGAAGACGGCUGAGAAGGGAGGCUGGUGUCGUCAUUGCACUCCAUGCUGCCCCCCCCCCCCCCCCCCCCCCCCUACAGUGGAUUCUGGCACAUUCUCUUGGAACCUUAUUUCCAUACCAGUAUUUGUGGCAUUCGUCAGACUCAAUGUUGGGUUUUAUUUGACCUAAGUGUUUGCGGGGACAGUUUUCUAUUUCAAACAUUGGGAAAUGUUUUCGAAUGAUUUUAAUAAUCUUCCACUGUACGUUGUGGUUCUAGUUAGUAGUCUAGUUUGUCUGCAUAAUAGAAAGCAAUGCAUACUAGCACUACAGCCAAUGAUAGCCUCAGGUCAAUAUCUGUAUAAAGGUUUUACAAUAUUUAUUGAUGUUCAAAGCGCUGAGAAUGUCAAGUCUUAAUAUAUUGUACUGUCAAAGAAUAUAAAUGUGUGUAUACCUAAAAAUUUAGAUUGACAUCAGAUCAACUAAUGUUUUUGACACAGUGUAUUUGCAAAUAUAUGUCAGGUGAUCAUUUAAAAAAAUAUAUUUUUAGUUGAUACACUGUCUGAACGUUGGAGUUUGACAGAUGGGUCAGUCCUCAAUAAAAUGUCAUUCAAACCACAUUACAAAUCAUUAUGCAUGAGGACCAUAAGAUGGCAAUAUAGUCCUCUGCAUGUCAUUUGAUGAGAAUGCUACAUUUUGUCGAGUGUUCGGGUAAACGUUAUUGGAGAACUACUGCAUAGGAGCACGAUAAUACACUGAGAAUGUCGUAUGUCACUUGGGAACUUCAUUUACAUUAGCCCCAUAUUGUGAGGUCCAGGUGUUUGACAAGGACAAGUCAUCCUCAUGUAUCAUCAGAUGGUUAAUUGCAGGCAAGUUACAGUCAAGGUUAUCUUCAUCUAAAGAUGUGUGUGUGGGUGGGGGACAGAGAGGAUAUUAAAUCAGAUGGGUUAUUGAUCUAUCCUGAUGACAGAUCAUAAAAAUGAGUUAUAAAACCUGAUCACCUCUGUAGACACAUAGCUUCCCAUGAUUAUCAGAGAGAGUUCUGUAGUCUUGUUCUCAUAAGAUCGCAAUGACCAGUCUCUUGAAUGUGAAAUUUCGAUUGUUGAGAUCCGAACAGUUUUGUGGUUAAAUAUACUGCAGUGCAACCGUGACUGAUUAGUGUUUCCUCAAGACAAACGGCGCCAGUUUUGAAGAGAACGAUAAUAAACUUUAUGUGUUUUACCA